CUCUGUGUGUGUGUGUGUGUGUGUGUGUGUGUGUGUGUGCACAGACCUCAUAUAAAGGAGCUGCAGCACACAGAGCAACGCACCGUCCCUUCCUGAUCUCAGACGAACCGAGUGAGACAACUUAAAAUCACGAGCAACAUUUGAGAUCACAGCAGCUUCUGCUUCCUGAGCCGGACGACGGGACAGAGAAGAGUCAGCAGAGAUUGAGACCAGAGAUCGGUGGAUGGAUGAGUUGGUCUGAUCGCAGAAGAACUGCCCCUGGUCAGAAUCACAAUCAGAAUCAGAAUCAGCUUGAUUGGCCAGGUUUGCGUAAACGAAUAAAGAAUUUGACUCUGGUUAAUCUGAGGUACCGACUGACCUGUACCUGAACGUCGUUGUCACAGAUUACUUGCCUUCACCACAAUGAUCUCUGGACUUCGCUCACUUUGGAAGUCAUUGUCUGGAUCUGGCUCCUCAAAAUCAAAAUCAACUGAUCCUGAGGAAACACAGUCAGGGAACGAUUUUGCAGAUUCCAGCCCUGUAAAUGACUAUGUACCAGAGGAGCCAGAGGUUCAGCGGCUCUCAGAGGCCGUUAAAAACCAAAGCAAACAGCUGGACCGUCAGUCGGGGCCUCUCCCUGUUUAUGCAAUUUCCCUGAAAGAGGAAAAAAUCAAUGUAGACGGGUGCAAACGUUUCAGUUUUGGGAAAGAGUCCGCUAAACGCAAUCGCACCAUCAUGGUUCUCGGAGCGACUGGUGCCGGCAAAUCAACUCUUAUCAACGGGAUGAUCAAUUACAUUCUAGGUGUGGAAUGGGAGGAUCCGUAUCGAUUUAAGUUAGUUGAUGAGGGUCAGUGCACCUCCCAAGCUGAAAGCCAGACCUCUGAAGUCACGGCGUACAAACUGAACCACCAGGAAGGCUUCAAGAUUGACUACUCGCUCACGAUUGUCGACACUCCCGGAUUCGGAGACACAAGAGGCAUCGUAAGAGACAAGAGGAUCGUGGAGCAGCUACGUAAUCUCUUCUCCGCCAAGCUUGGAGUCAGUGAGAUCGACGCCGUGUGUUUCGUCGCUCAGGCUGCGUUAGCUCGACUCACGCCGGCACAGAAAUACGUGUUCGAUUCAGUGCUCUCAAUCUUCGGCAAAGACGUGGCAGAAAACAUCAGGGUUCUGGUGACAUUCGCAGACGGCCAACGUCCACCAGUUCUCGAGGCCAUCAUGGCCUCGGGCGUCCCGUGUCCGAAGGCUAAAGACGGACUGCCGGUCAACUUCAAGUUCAACAACUCAGCACUGUUCGCUCACAACCAAUCGUCUGCGGCGGAGAGCACGGGGGGGGAAGACGAAGAGGGAGGCUUCGAUCAGAUGUUCUGGAACAUGGGCGUAAAAAGCAUGAGGAGGUUUUUUGUUGCUCUGAAUGUGAUAGAAACCAAAAGCUUGUCAAUGACACAGGACGUCCUCAAAGAAAGGCAGCAUCUGGAGGUCUCAGUGGAGGGCUUGCAGAAGCAGGUUAAACUGGGGUUGGCCAAGCUGGAGGAGAUAAAAGAGACGGCUCAGCAACUGAAAGAGCACGAGGCAGAGAUCAGCAGAAACAAGGAUUUUGUGAUCGAAGUCAAAGUCACAAAACCUCAUCAAACAGAUAUUUCUGGUUCUGGAAUUUACCUCACUAACUGUCAGCAGUGUCAUUUCACCUGUCACGAUAAUUGUGCCUAUCCAAAUGAUGCAGAUAAAAUACACUGUUGUGCAAUAGGACCAGAUGGAUGCUGUACUCAGUGCCCAAACAAAUGUGUUUGGAGCGUACAUUAUAAUCAGAAGUACAAGUGGGAGUACAGGGAAGUCGUAGAAAGAAAAACCGUGAAAGAGCUGGAAGAGAAGUACCUUGAAGCCCGAGACGCUAAGACACCUGUUCAGGCGCUGAUCGACCGACUGAGGUCUGAAUAUGAUCUGGUGCAGGCGGCGGUGGUGGAGCUGAUGAAUCAGUCUGCCGCUUGUCUGAACAGACUCAAAGAGAUCGCGCUGAAGCCAAACCCUCUGUCCACUCCCGAGUACAUCGACAUGCUCAUCGAGGGAGAGAAGUCUGAGGCCAAGCCGGGCUGGAUGCAACGAGUCCAGUACCUGACAGGAAUGAGAGAAAAGGCCGAGUACUUGGCUAAAGUGGACCGAGGAGAGUCUCUCCUCCAGAGUCUGGCCAGUGACUUCGACAGCACCGACCAACACCAGAAUGACACCGACGCUGACGAAGACCAGGAUCAAGAGGACGACGCUGACGAAGACCAGGAUCAAGAGGACGACUCUGACGAAGACCAGGAUCAAGAGGACGACGCUGACGAAGACCAGGAUCAAGAGGACGACUCUGACGAAGACCAGGAUCAAGAGGACGACUCUGACGAAGACCAGGAUCAAGAGGACGACUCUGACGAAGACUAGGAUCAAGAGGACGACUCUGACGAAGACUAGGAUCAAGAGGACGACUCUGACGAAGACCAGGAUCAAGAGGACGAGCCCGAGACUGAUUAUGAUAUAAACGAACUCGGAGAGAUCGAUUUUAAAACCGACCAAGAUGAGACCGAUUCUGAUGCCGACCAGGACAAAGACAGCUGUGACGCUUCUGCGCAGGAAGACUAAAGCUGGUACGCUCUAAAACGACCUCCGCCCAUGCAACUUCUUCAGCUCCGUGUCAGAAGAUAAAAUCCCCGUCCACACACCGAACCCACCUGAAGACACGUAUCACACGAGCGCUCACGUUCACAGGAUGUGGUGGGACCACGAAGCAGUUGGUUGCUCGGUUACAGAAAAAGAAAACUAUGAACAAAGAGGAAGUGUUAGCGAAGCGUCGAAUCGUGACCGAUUAGAACCAAUCAGGAAGAAGAACGCGGGCGUCUGCGUCUCUUGUUUUUGUCCGUCCACACAACAACGCAGCCCAAUACCAGUCGAGAACAACCUCAUCCCCCAACCACAGAUCGUGGUCAGCUGUUCUGUCGAUGGUGUUGCUCUGUGUCACAGUAUGAAGCUAAUGCUAAUAUGAUACCAUGGUGUAGUAAUGUCAUAAUAUUUUGUUCCCUGCAGUCACAUGGAGGAUUUUACCAUUCAAGCAUUUGAACAAAUUACAAUUUACUCUGUUCAAUUCAAGCUUUCUUUCUUUCUUUCUUUUUUCUAUUUUUGAUUGUAUUCUGAAAUUAGUAUGUUUGGGUAAAGUGGAUGUAAAAUGUGUUAUAUAUUUAUUUACUACUUUUUAAUAAAUCCAAGUUUUAUUUCUCA